GUUGUUGUGAAAAAUAAAAAGAUAAACUUUUCAAACCAUUUGUCACAAGAGAGGGUUUGCAAAACUCUUUACGCCUCUGCGGCCACUGACUCCGAUCACUUCCUCCGCCGGAGAGCCACCACGAAUUCAACGUGAACAAGCAAAUAGGUUCAUACUUCAUAGGCGCACUUUGCAUUCGGGGUGCUGUUCUGUUACCUUCAUCAACGAAUCAUGACUAUGCCUUCAGAAUGCGAUCAUUCAACAAGGGAUGAAGAUGACCAUGAUUCAAUGCCACAACUCCCCUCAAUUCGGCCACCACCUCAUAGCCACAAUUCAAAACAAGGAGUGUAUUUCAUUCUUGAGAAGGCCUCACUAGUUGCUGCUUUUGUUGGCAAAAAAUACCAGAUUUUGAAUCCAGAUGAGCAUGCCAAUUUCUUGCGGAGGAAAAACAUGAAUCCUUAUGAUUUUAGGCCUGACAUUGUUCAUGAGGCUCUCCUUCAAAUUAUGAGUAGUCGGCUUUGCCUGUCUGGUAGAUUACGUGCUGUAUUCAUCAGGACAGAUGAAGGUAUUCUUAUCAGAGUUGCACCACAAACUCAGAUACCAAAAACACUAGGAAGCUUUUGUAAUAUGAUGAUGGAGUUGCUGCAAAAGUUCAGUAUCAAAUCAAAAGGUGGUCAUGGAAAGCUUUUAAAGUUAAUUCAAAAUCCUGUGACUAAUCACUUACCUAUCAACUCCCUUAAAAUAGGUCUUUCUUUUAGUUCAACAAAGGCAGUUCAAUUAAGGGACUAUGUUAGUGGUGCUAAUUGUGAUGAGAACCUUGUAUUCGUGGUUGGUGCAAUGGCUCAUGGAAAAAUUGAUGUUGACUACAUUGAAGAUCUUAUAUCAGUUUCAGGUUAUCCACUGAGCGCUGGGACGUGUCUUAGGAGGAUUUGCAUAGCAUUAGAGAGAAGUUGGAAUAUCCAAUGAAUGUGUUAUUUUCUUUUAUUUUCUGUAAGUACGAUUACUUGCCAAGAGGGUACUUCUUCUAUUAGCAACCAUCCCUUAUUCAUCUCUUAAAAAUUUGGUGGAUGAGUUUCACCUUUUAUAUAAAAAUGAGAAUAACUAUAUUAAGCAAAA